AUGAAGGAAUGGAUUCAUGAGAUCUGGCUCCAACGCCCUGAUGCAUCAACCCAACAAGGAAGCUCUGCUCUCAUUCUGGAUGCUGCCCUAUCCCACCGAACAGAAGCAACAAAACAAUGUCUACAGCAGUACUUCAGAAUGAUCAUGAUUCCUGGAGGACUCACAAAACUGCUUCAGCCGUUGGAUAUCUCUGUAAACAAUUCAUUCAAAUCAAAUCUGCGAAGGUGCUGGGAAGAUUGGAUGAUUGAAGAAGAGCGGCACAAUUACACCAAAAGUGGAAAAAGACAGCGGCCUUCGUAUGAGGAAAUUUGCGCAUGGAUUGCGACGAGCUGGGACCAUGUGACAAGCGAUUGCAUUUUGAAUGGUUUCAGGAAGCGAGUGCAGCGGACCUCAGGCUGA